UACAUCAGAUUAGCUACACGGGUUAUCAUGGAACAAGCUCUAUAUAUCUCUAUAAACCAGAUUAUACCAUUGUUUAAAGCUUCCUGUUUACAUAGCAGAUAAUGCUGUCAGUACAGGGAGGUGUCUGAUAAGACAGGGGAGUUACUCCAGCACAGUAUAUACUGGGAAGACGUCUGGAAAAGAUCAGAGUUAGACUUAGCUUUACAUGAUGGCUGUGCCAAAACUGCUGUCUGCCUUGGUAGUGCUAAUGAGCAUCGCAUGUUACGAGUGCUCACCACGUGGUCGAAUCUUUGGUGGAAGUGAGGCCAUUUUAAAUUCUAGACCGUACAUGGUGUCAUUGCAAUUGGAUGGAACCCAUAUAUGCGGUGGAUUGUUAAUCACUGAUGAGUGGGUGCUGACUGCUGCACAUUGUAAACCAGAUGCCAGCCUUAAUAAGACCCUGCAAGCAGUCCUGGGUACUAUCUCUCUGUCUGACCCUAGAAGGUUAACUUAUAAUAUUGACAUACAGAUCAUACAUCCAGGAUAUAACAGAACUACAAAACACCAUGAUUUGCUUCUUCUAAAGCUACCAGAACAUGUUCCAUUGAGCGCAUCAGUGAAACCUCUACCUUACCAGAUAGAAGACUUUGAGAUUAAAGGACAAACCACUUGUCUGGUACCUGGCUGGGGAAAAAUUAGGCGAACUGGAAAGAAGCCAGACAUCUUAAAUGAAGUAUGGGUUCCAGUGAUCAGCCGAGAAAUAUGCAACAGUCGGGAAUUCUACCAUGGAGAUGUCACUGCCAAUAUGAUCUGUGCAGGGGACAACAAACGGGAUUCAUGUGAGGGUGACUCUGGUGGACCAUUGGUAUGUAAUGGAGUGGCAGAGGCCAUCGUGUCUUCUGGAUUUUCUGUCUGUGGCAGUCAAAAGCGUCCAGGAAAAUACACACGAAUUUAUCCUUAUAAAGAUUGGAUAGUCUCUACUAUGAAUAAUAUGACCAUACCAACCACACCUAUUCCAACUGUUAAAAUCUAGGUGUCUGCAAAUUAUGGAUACAACAAAUUGUUAUAAAUAUGCUUUAGGUAUUUGUUAGCAGUCUUAUGUUGAGUAUUAAAACAGAUGUCUGAGAAGCUCCAAAAAUAUACUUUUGUUGUUAGCCUAUAUACAAUAUCAGAUGUCAGAUUUGUCAAUAACCGCAGUAAACCUUUGGCUGGGAGUACAAGAUCCAUAUGCUUUUUAUUAUAUUUCCAUUAUAAUUAAAGGGAAUGUGUCACCAAAUGUGAUUGCUUUUGUUUAGAGGUUAAAUAACAACUUGUCACAUCUACCACUGUUGAUCAGCAGAGGGAGCUAACAUGAUGAAUCUGGUGAAAGCAAGCAACUUGUCUGGCUACUGCAAAUUAGACCUCACCCAUCUACCUUCCUCCUCUGUCUUUGUUCAAAAUAGUUUUUUCAUUUCCACUGUCACCAUUUUGUUGGUGUCUGAAGAGUGGUAAAGAACAGACUAGAUGUCUCUUGAUAGAUCACUACUCCUCAGGGACUUAAAGAAAAUGGUGCUGGCUCCCCCUUUCAUUUCACCUAGCCUGUGCUAUGCACAUGUGCAGUAAGCAGUCAAUGCUUUUCUAUGAGACACUCUCAGUCUUAACCUUCUUAUGCCCUAUGCCUGCCAUAAAGCAACUGUGUAGGUGUUGCGAAGUGACACACCACAAAGAGGCUA